AUGGCAUGUCCAACUUGUCCGGAACUUCAACUCUCCUUUGGUAACGUGAUGAACUGUUCGGAUAUUAGUGGGGACAAAGUUUGCACAGUAUCUUGUGUAGCAGCGUACGCCUUCGCUCCAGAAAAUCGUCCCCUCAAACAGUACAAAUGUGGACAAAGCACUGGUUAUACUUGGAAUGGCCUUACACCUGCUUGCGGGAAGGCAAUGAUACCCAAUAAAUUAUCUUCAGUAACUGUCAUUGAGUACAACUCAUCAAUGCCAUGUACCGACUCCUCAAUAGUUAUAGAAACUCUACAUAAAACAUUAGAAUCAACUUUGUCCUGCUAUAAACAAGGGAUAUGUGAACUAACAACUUCAAUGGACGAAUGUAAAAUUAAAAACGAAGCAGGUUCUUUAAAAGUAACUUUGAAUGCAACACUUCCUGACGAAGACUUGGAUUUGAUACAUUACUUGGAAACCGGAAAGUUGGAUAAAGGUUUGAAACGCUUGGUAGACACACUGGUAGACCUAGAAAAUUCUACCAAAAAAAUAAAUGACUCAAGUGAAGUCCUUUCCCUCGACAUGGGCGGGAUUAAGUAUUCACCUUCAAGAAAACAGGCUACAGGAAUUGUUGUGUGUGGAGUUGGACAAGGAAGUGAUGGCCCUAUUUGCAUUGAUUGUCCAAUGGGUACACAUUCAAGGGCUGGGAAAUGUCUUCCAUGCCCAAAAGGAGCUUAUCAGAGUAAAAUUGGACAAACUCGGUGCAUUAAUUGUCCUUCUGGUUUUAGUACAAAAUUUGUAGGAUCUCAGGAUGUCUUCAAAUGUACUGAAGUGAUAAACGCUACUACGAACUCUUUGGAGCAAGACCAAGGAAGCAGCACAUUGGGAGUUACAGAAGCUGUGAUUAUUGCACUCUCUGUGGCGACGAUUGUAACAGUCCUCCUGAUUGUGUUGAGUGUAAUUUUUCGGCAUCAUUGUGGCAAACGAAAAAACGUGAAUCCAGAUGAGGCUUACAUGAGGAAAAUAUCUAUCUUAAGUACUGGAAACUUGCCGAGUCUUUCAAAACCUAAACGUGAAUGGGAAGAACGCAGGGAAAAUAUUUACGUCAGUUUACCACCAAAGAAAUUUCGUGCCUAG